UGUGUGUGUGUGUGUGUGUGUGUGGUCAGACAUCCUGAGCAGAACUGAGCAAUGAUAGAGACGAUGAACUGGGGCACUAUAGGAUCUGUUCGACCUUUCCCAGUCUUCCAGCCGGAGAAAGAAGUGUCUGACCUUCAGGCUGCCCUUGAACAGAAAGAUGUGAGCACUCUGGUGAGGAUCCUGACCGACCGCAGUAACAGUCAGAGACUGUGCCUUGCUGAGACGUACCGCUCUGUCAAUCAUCAGGACCUCAGUGUGAGGCUUAAGACGGUUCUGAAUGGAGAUUUGGAGGUGCUGAUACUCGACCUGAUGAUGACACCAGAACAGUUUGAAGCUCAACGUCUCAGACGAGCCAUGGAGGGUCUGGGUACAGAUGAAGAAACCCUUCUGGAGAUCCUGUGUUUGCGUUCAGCUGAGCAGCUUUCUAACCUUGCAGCAGUGUACACUAAAGAAUAUCAGCGUGACCUGGAGAAUGACCUGACCAGUGAGACCAGUGGAGAUUUCAGGCAGCUGCUGCUGGCUUUGCUGAAGAAAAAACAGGUGGCCGAGAAUGUGGACCUGGAUGUGAAACUUCUCUGUAACGAGCUCAACAACUCUAAGCCUGACAUCACACCGUGGAUUCAAGUGCUGACCAUGAGAGAUCCAGAUCAUAUCAGGAGUGUGCUGACUCAUCUGGAAGCUGAGCGAGGCCAGCCUGUUACUGCAGAAAUAGAGAAGCACUUUGGUGGACACUUCAACAGAGAUGUCAGACUGGGCCUACAGGUCCUAGUGCUCUCCAUCGAGGACCCAUAUCUUUACUUGGCCCAGAGAAUCCAGCCUAUGAAAGACUCACAAAAGAUGCAAGGAGUACUGGUGUCUCACUGCGAGGAGGAUCUUCUGGCUGUUAGAGUGGCAUUCAAGAAGAACACUGGGAAAUCUCUUUACUCCACCAUACAGGACACGUUCAAGGGGGACAUCCAGCAGAUUUUUCUAGCUUUAUGUCGCUAUGAAGACUGAGAAGUACACAGCCAUUAGCGUAUAUCUAUAUACGUAUCUUAUCAAUAUACAUGUCAUGUGAACAAAAACCAAUAAAUGCUGUGAACUGCUCAGAA